AUGUUGACUCUCUCUCUUAAGUGCAUAGGAGGUGCUGUGCUAUUUGUUGCAGCAGGAAAUACUUUCUUUGCUCUCUUUAUGGAAAUAUGUGCGUAUUUUAUUAGAAGGCUGCGUAACAGGUCACUUCUUAAAGAGCUAUCUGGAAAGUGGGCAAUUAUUACUGGGUGCACAGAUGGGAUAGGUCUGGGAAUAGCCCGAGAAAUGGCAAAUAAUGGAAUAAACCUAAUUCUAAUCAGUCGGACACAGGAAAAAUUAGACAAAGUGGAAGAGGAGCUUUCUAAAAAGGUAAAAACCAAAACAGUGCAGAUAGACUUUGAGAACGAAAUAGACUUUGCAGCAUCUCUUGCAGAGGUUAAGGAGUACAGCCCGCACAUACUUGUAAAUAAUGUUGGGGUGGCCGAGUCUGGACCCACUGCAUUCAUGGAGCACACCUUUAAAAGCAUAGACCGGAUAAUUAAAGUAAACAUUACAAAUACAGUAAGGCUAACACAGGAGUAUAUUUCAUGGGAUAAGUCACCCAAGGAUAAAAAAUACAUUCUAACAACAGGCUCUAUGCUGGGAUCUAUCCCCAGCCCAUUCCAGCAGAUAUAUGCAGGAACAAAGGCAUUCCUGCAAGUAUGGUCUGAGUCAAUUUCAACAGAACUUCCUGGAUAUCAUGCAGAAGUAUUUAUGACUGGGUUAGUGUGCUCCAAGUUAUCCGGAGCAAAGAAACCAAAUUUAUUUGUGCCAUCUGCUGAUCUGUAUGGAAAGUGCUGUGUUCAUGCAUUUGGUACAUGUGCUAUAACGUAUCCAUAUUUCCCACAUGCUCUUCUGAAUCUUUUUGCAUGUGCCUUUCCCAGAGGAGUUAUUGGCAUGGCAAUGGCUAGGUUUGGAGUGCACAUUCGAAAGAUCAAACAAAAAUCAGGAAAGAAAAAAUAACUGAAAUUAAAUCAGAUAAAAUAAAAACCAACCGCAUG